AAAAAAUUACUUUUUUGAUUGCAGGUGAUGGGCAAAUGGUACGUGGUCGAGGUGCUGGAGCACAGGACCGAGCGCCAACAGCCGACUCCGACGACCGGGACAUUCGGCACUACGCGCAUCCAAGUGGACGCCUGCCCCAUCGUGAAGCUACGCUCUCUCGAAACCAGGGACCCGAGGACCGGUUUGCCCCGCAUCAAUCUCCUCUGGGAGGAGACAGCUGGCACCCUCGAGUACACCUUCUGGGUGCCCGGUGCGCAGAGCCUUGGCGUCUGGAAUGCCGAUACUGUCCAGAACGGCACGAUAUCCGAGAAGCCGGCGUACCGUCAGUUCGUCGGUACAGUGCACGUGAUGAAGGCAGUGGCCGCGCACGCGGUGCUGACCUUCUGCGCGCGCGACAUCGACGGCCAAAAGUUCACUCUUCUCCUGGGCCGGGAGCACAAGCUGCCAAAAACCGAUCUCCGGAGCGUCCACAACCUGCUGUCCCGCCGAGGCCUUCAGUUGCUGAGCAUCAGGGAGAGCUGCGCCAAUGGCUCGACCGCCUCCGCCACCGGCAAGGCCUGGCUGUCCCUCGUAGCGCUUGCCUGUCUCGUCACGACCCUCCCGAGGACCCUGUUUUUUGUCGACUAAGCGGAAACUAUUGUCACGAUUUACUUGUGAUCAUUUGAAAAACGACUCGCUUUUUUCAGUUUUUGGAUGGGCCGAGGCAUCUGCUCACCUGUCGGGGAGUCGCAUACUUGGGUUGUAACGAGUCUUACUACGUUAUACUCUUUCAAACCGAAUCAGUCAGAUCCCUGUGCUUCGCAGUUUUAAUACAUUGGUAAUGCCUAGUAUUGAAAAGUUUAGUGUAUUAUUUAAAUAACUUUUCAUGAUUUUCAAGUAGUACAGGUUUUUCACUGAUUCCGUUUAUUACCGAGACAGAGUAACGGAUGCACGGGUCCAGGUGAUACGUGGUGCGGAUGCUUUUUUUUCCAAGAGCGCAAGCGUGUGUGCGCCCUUGUCGUUAGUCUUUAUUGUUAUUGUUGUUGUUGUUGUUGUUGUUGUUGUUGUACUUGUUGUUGUUAUUGUUGUUGUUGUUAUUGUUUUUCUCUUUGGGAUUCGGAUGAAUUCUUGAUCAAAUUGAUUUGCCUAAAAGUUUUUUUUUUUUUUUUUUAUUAUGUCGGACGUGUUCGAGGAUUGCAUUGAAUGAUUUUUUGUUGUGCAAAACGUCCUAGUUGUAGAAUGUAAGAGCUCGCGGUACGAAUGAAGUUUUAGUCACUUUUUCGGCGCGGCUUUCAUGUGUCAAUUCCACAACAACAACAAAAAAUAAAUAAAUAAAAUAAAAACAAAUAAGCUUUCAUAAACUAAACAGGUAUGCUUUUCACGAACAACGAAAGAUACACUUUUUUAUACUGGCGAGCUAAAAGACUUUUUUAUUCGCAAAAGGGGGGCUCCCACUCCUUUGUAAUACGCGUUCGAUGCUUUUACAAGUACACGUUUGUCACGCAAAGAAGAAAUGAGAAACGGAUGCGGCUGUAAUUCGCAACAGAAUCCGUUUCUCGAGCUUGGAAAAAAAAAAAAAAAAAAAAAAAAAAAAGGUACUAC